GUGGGGCCACGGGGACUCGCACAGCUUUUGCGCGUUCACGAGUGCACGCGAUCUGCUUGUGUUGACGGACCCGAUAGGCAACAUGUCUGCCACAGACGCCGUGCAGCAAAACAACAAUGAAGAACCAGGCCUGAACGGGUCCUGGGUGGAGUUGGAAUUGAAUGGGAACAUGGCAUCUGGGAGGCAGCAGCAAAUCUCAAGCCUGGCUGCUUCUGUGGCCAAUCGGAACCAGGGUGAGACUGAGCCACCACAAUCCCUAGAGGCUGUACAGGAAGCACAGGAGGAGAGCCUGGCUGGAGGACUUGAGCAUGUCCCCUCAUCUUCCUCCAUCCACAAUGGAGACAUGGAAAAGAUACUGCUGGAUGCCCAGCAUGAGUCCAGCCCCAGUGGCUCCUCCUGUAAUAGUCCUCCAAGACCCCACAGUCCUGAGCAUGACGAAGGUCUGAUUACUUUCGAUGUGGAGAUGCCGAGUGAGAAAGAUUGUCAGUCAGAGGAUGACAGUCUGGAGAAGGAUGACAUCCUCUUGGUUAAAGGGGAGAGCUGGGUUGCAGACUGGUCCAGUCGACCUGAAAAUAUUCCUCCCAAGGAGUUCCAGUUUCGGCAUCCAAAACGCUCUGGUCCAGUUUCUCUGAGUAUGAGAAAGACAGGUGCUAUGAAGAAAGGUGGAGUGUUCUCAGCUGAAUUUCUCAAAGUGUUCAUUCCCUCUAUUCUGCUCUCUCACAUCCUCGCUCUGGGAUUGGGGGUCUAUAUUGGGAAGAGGCUGAGCACUCCAUCUACCAGCUCAUUUUAAAUCCAAACAAAUACCAGUGCCUGAAAUGUCCAUAAAAAGCAGUGGUGGCAAAGUUGUGUCCAAAUAUCUCUAACUUUUACUGUAUGUUAAACUUUCUCUGUCCUACUCAUUUUUCCCCAUGUUCUCGGCUGUCAUGCUGAAAUUCAUCAUGACCUAUCACCAGAAAAUGCUAGGCAGUUUAUUUGCUGCUUUCAUCUUGAGUUAAUAGUUUGCUUGCCUUCUAACACUGUGUUGAAUGGAUUGCUUUAGGUGUUUCAUCUUCCUUUCAUAUUUUAAGUUGUUGUUAAUUAAAAACAAAGUUUGUGCCCUUUUUUAAGCUGGUAUGUGAGGCAAACAGAAGUUACAUUUGGUUAUGCCCCAAACUUGUACAAUUACUACAACCACCAUCGCUUUACCAAGCUAUUACGUCUUACUGUGUCACAGGUGCAAUAGUGGUAUUAUGUUUAGCUUUAUAGGGGAAAAAAAGGCUGAUGUGCUUUUGGAAGUAAAAUAUUUCGUUUUCUGAUCUCCUUUAGUUUCCAGUUAAAUAGAUUUAGAAAGAGACUUUUUUUUAUGAAGCCUAACAACUUCCUUGUGCCAUCUUUGAAGAAAGUCCACUUCCAGCAUUUUCUAUUAUUCCAGUUCUAGUACUGUGGUCUUAAAUAAUUUUUUAAUAUAAUCAUUCUAACAAUGCUGUUUCUUGAAAGAAUUUUUUUUGUUACCAUUGUAGUUUCUGACGGCACCUCUAAGGCACCUUAAAGAUUGAAAUAUGGCAGAAAGGUUUUGAAUAGACUGUUAAUAGCACAUACUUGAACAUUUUAGUUUCAGAGAAAGAUACCUGCCUUACACAGCUUUGUGAGUUUUUUCUGAUUAUCAAGAUGUCGCUUGGAAGAUACCAUGCCGUGAUUUUAUCUAAAAAAUUUUUUUCUAAAAUCUGUAUUUGGUAGAUGGUUUUGGAAUGAAUAGAAUAAUGAGAGACCCUGAGAAUGUGGGAAUACACACUGGAAAAAAAAUACUUCUUUUUCUUGUAUACAACUUUGCAUUAUGUUAAAGAAUCCACCAAAAAAUAAAAUAGGCAGUGAAAAUGAGUAGCCUUAUGUUUCAGAUAGAGGUUUCAGGUAAAGGUCUGAUAGACUGAUUAUAGUAGCACUCAGUGGAACAUGUGCAUGCUUCCUAAUUUAAAGAGAGGUUACACUGCAGUGAUUACUACAUGCACACUCAUUUGCCAUGAUGCAUAUCAUUCUUUUGUGGACCAGGCUUACAGAAUCAACUUACUAUGCUUCUGAGUGCCAAAGGGUCUCCACUGUGAUGUUUACAUCUAAGACCCAACACUGACACAUUCUAUAGUAUAUGGUAAUCUAAAGGUAGAUGUAGCUCUAUCUAAGCUCUCUUUUGAGUGCUGUUCUGAUGCACACUCCAUUUUGGCAUUACAGAAUGCCAUGAAUACAUUUAAUUGUAACUGCUAAACCAUAUAAUUUAGAUUUGUGCAGUGUGAAACAUUUCCAUCGUUAUUCGUCAUGUGAUAAUGUGAAGUAGGAACCUUUAUUUUUCCUUUCUCUUAUUUCAGUGUUCAAAGGUAGUCUGUGAUAUUUUUCUUUUAAACACCAUAGUGUCAGUGUAAUUAUCGGCUUUAUGGUUCUUAAACUUUAGCCUAACAAGAUUUAUUGAGAUGCUUAAAACUUUAUUGACACCAAUGACAUUCAAUUUAGCCAUUUGAGAGUUUUGAGAGGGACAGCCCUAAAGGAAUAUAGACAUCACUUAUUGUUAUGGGUAGAUUUAAACUGAUUAGAUCUUACCUCCGACACUUUUCCCAUAGCCUGAUUAUAACGAACAUCAAGACAUUUUUGAUUAGUGUGUUCUUUGGUGAACAGUUAAUGCAGAAGGUAUUUUUUGUUUGUUUUUGUAUAAUGCCUAAAGGUUUAGUAUGAAUCUAGUAUGUCCCAUAUUGCAUGAAUACUUAUUUGUUUAUUAUUUAACAUCUACUAUGAAAGAUGAGUUAUUCCAUGAGUGGGACAAAGAACUGUGAAUGAAAAAGUAGCAUGUUACAGCAAGAUAAACUAAGCCCACCCUGCCUGUAAAUGAUAGAUAUUAUAUAAUGUACAUUUUACUCGCAUUCUUUUGGGAUGUGUUUGUUUCGAUUUGUCUUUUUCUUUUUCUUUUUUGCUUUGAUCAUGAAAGAAUGAAAUUUGUUAUGUUGGGCAGGGCCCUCAUGGCUGACAUUUUGUGGCUCUUUUUCCUGAGUUUUGGCAGAAACAUAGUUUGUUUUAUGUUCACUUAUUGGAAGAAGAAAACUAACAUUAAAAAUCCCAAACAGCCCAA